AUGGCCAAAGAUUUCAACCAAGCCCUCCUACUCCACCAUGGAUCCGUCCAUCGGCCCUGGUGGGCCUGGCCGCCUUUCGAUUAUUUAGAGCUCGGCAAAGUUGAUGGAGGAAUACUUUCUUUUUCUAGAAAAGGCCUCCAGGACCUCAUGAUUGAACAAGAUUCAAACUAUUAUGAAGCAUACAAGAUUCCAUCCUCCCUUCUUUCUUAUUACUCUCUAGUGUCCCUUAAGUUGACAAAUUGUUUGCCUGAGCCCCCAUCUGAUUUGAAAGGUUUUCAAUCACUCAAGACUCUGUCUCUGGUGAAUGUUUUGCUUGAUGAUAGCUUGCUGGAGUCUUUAGUUUCUUGGGGUGGGCAGUUGAAAUACCUAACAUUGACAGAUUGUGGUGGCCUAUCUGUCAUCCCAAUUCACACCCCAAAUCUUAUUUAUUUGUAUUUAGUGAAAUGGUUUAGUGGAGAUGAACAUGAGCGGCUCUCUGUCACAUAUAUUUAUCUGAGGACUUUAGAUAUAUUCAGCAUCAAUUCGAGGGAAGCGGAGGAGGUUAUGGGCUUUCUUUUUAUGCCUGCUAAGAAGUUCUCCUUUCUUAGAAACAUUAUUCUAUGGGAGAAUGAGGACAAGAAGGAGAAAGCAGGGGUUGUUGACAUUGACGAUGUCUUUGAGCCCAUUGAUGCAUUGUCAAAGCAGAUGUUCGAGUGCACAGCUGCAGAUUUGGCUAUUGAGGACGUUAUUUAA